AUGAGCAGAAAAGAUGAGACCGACCGGUCUGGCAGAUCAGAUAGGAUCGGGGACAACAUUGAUCCGAUCGAUGAGCCGUGUUUUCGCCUGGUUUGGGAAUUUCUUCCAGACCGAGUCGACCGCAGUUGCAGCAAAAAUUCCUGUUCAAAAGAUGUUGCAAUCCGCGUCCUUCGACACAUCCUGUCACUUUCCCACCAUCUGCAGUCGUUCGACACCUCGUCCCAGCGAGCUUCAUCGACCAUCGUCCGUUUCGCUUCGCUCUGUCCGCGAUUUGGUUCAACUUGGCCCCCUCCAUCCCCAGUACACUGGGACGAGGUGUCAAGGCUGCAGACGAAACCCUCGAAUCGUAAGUGUGGUCCUUUCGCGACCAACCCUCUCUCUCUCUCUCUUCGUCAGAUCGAGCGCAACACCGCAAGCCCCGUUGGAUUCCAAACAAGACAUUUCCUCUCUCAAAGGAUGACAUCUAUCCCAAUUAUCUCAGAGCUGUCCGUCAUCCUCCGGGAUGUUCUGGGGAGCGAGGAGCAAGAGUACUUUUUUUAG